AAUUUGCUUGUGUAGUUCCCUAUUCCACAGCCUGGCGCCGCUCUCCUCUCAACUCUCCUGUCAGAGACUCUUUGUCGGCCGGUAGCUUCUACUACUUACCCGGGCCUCAGCUGGGGCCUCCCCGCCCACCGUCUCCAGUUUACUCCGCAGUCUGACUCGCCAUGGCUACCAAGAAGGCCGGUUCCCGCCUAGAGACGGAGAUUGAACGCUGCCGAUCUGAAUGCCAAUGGGACCGUAUCCACGAGCUAGUGAAGCAGCUCUCCGCCAAGCUCAUCUCUAACGAUGACAUGGCUGAACUUCUUCUGGGAGAGGCCAAACUUGAACAGAAUCUUAAGGAUAACCCCAUCAGACAAGGAAGAAGUCCUCGAGGACCACGGCCUAAGCUCACAGAUGUCCGCAAGCACCUCACAGCUGCACUGGACAGAGGCAAUCUUAAGCAAGAUUUAAUGCAAGAAGUCAACCUGCUAAUGGCAAAGCUGAAUUAUGUUGAAGGUGACUACAGGGAAGCCUUAAGCGUUUAUGCCAGAGUAGGCCUGGAUGACCUACAGCUUGUGGCCUCUCCUGCUUAUAAGCUGAGGAUGAUUGCUGAAGCCUUCUCAACUAAAGGUCUUUGUUUGGAGAAACUGCCAAGCUCUUCUUCCACUAAUAGUCUCCAUUUGGAUCGUGACCAGGAAAUUAUCACUUGCUAUGAGAAAUCUGGAGAUAUUGCACUGCUGUACCUUCAAGAGAUGGAGAGGGUACAAACAGUCAAUCUCCAGAACCGGAGUCCCAAGCCGGGACCUGCAGCCCCAGACCAAGAACUGAGUUUCUUCUUGGAGACUGGCCUCCAGCGAGCGCAUGUUCUCUACUUCAAGAAUGGGAACCUAACACGAGGUGUCGGCAGAUUCCGAGAGCUGUUAAGGGCUGUGGAGACCCGAACUACACAGAACCUGAGAAUGACAAUCGCCAGGCAGCUAGCUGAGAUAUUGCUCCGUGGCAUGUGUGAACGGAGUUACUGGAACCCACUAGAAGAACCACCCAACCAGUCCCCCUUGGAUGACCCUUUCCGACAUGAAUUUAACACAAAAAGUUAUACACUCAGCAGGAGACCUAAAGUUUACAUGGGAGAAAACAUUUUCUGCCCACAAGAAAACACAGAAGAGGCUCUCUUGCUCUUGCUCAUCAGUGAGUCCAUGGCUAACAGGGAUGCAGUGUUAAGUAGGAUCCCAGAGCACGAGAAUGAUCGGAUUAUUAGUCUUCAAAGUGCUUCUGUAGUGUACGAUCUCCUCACUAUUGCCCUAGGUAGAAGAGGCCAGUUUGAAAUGCUUUCUGAGUGUUUGGAACGUGCCAUGAAAUUUGCAUUCGAGGAAUUUCAUCUUUGGUAUCAGUUUGCCCUCUCUUUAAUGGCUGCAGGGAAGUCUGCCCAUGCUCUGAAGGUUUUAAAAGAAUGUAUACGCCUGAAACCAGAGGAUGCCACCAUCCCUCUCCUAGCUGCCAAGCUGUGUAUGGGAUCCUUGCAUUGGAUGGAGGAAGCUGAAAGAUUUGCUAAGAUGGUUGUUGACUGUGGUGGGAAGAGCCCAGAAUUUAAGGCCAAAGGAUACCUGGCCUUGGGACUCACAUACAGCCUGCAGGCCUCUGAUGCCUCAUUGCGGGGUGUGCAGGAGGACCUGCAGCGGAAAGCUCUACUUGCAUUCCACAGGGCACACAGCUUGUCUCCUACUGACCACUUGGCAGCUUUCUAUUUGGCACUACAAUUAGCAAUAUCCAGACAGAUCCCAGAAGCUUUGGGCUAUGUCCGUCAGGCUCUGCAGCUCCAGGGAGAUGACUCCAACUCUUUGCACCUGCUAGCACUCUUGCUUUCAGCUCAAAAACACUAUCAUGAUGCUCUGAACAUUAUUGACAUGGCACUCAGCGAAUAUCCAGAGAACUUUAUAUUGUUAUUUUCCAAAGUAAAACUGGAGUCUUUAUGUCGGGGUCCCGAUGAAGCCCUCCUGACUUGCAAACAUAUGCUUCAAAUAUGGAAGUCCUGUUACAACCUCACCAACCCAAGUGAUUCUGGCCGAGGGAGCAGUCUGUUAGACAGAGCCAUUGCUGACAGAAGACAGCUGAAUACAAUGACCUUACCUGAUUUCAGUGAUCCAGAAACAGGCUGUUCUUCAGAGGCUCCUCACACUCAUGGCUUUUACUCUCUGUUUUCUGUGUGUUCAGUCCAUGCAACAUCAAUAGCUGCUUCACGUGUGGAGCAGGCACUGUCUGAAUUUGCCUCAUCACUGCAAAGCAGUGCUCCAAAGCAAGGCCCACUUCACCCAUGGAUGACACUGGCACAGAUCUGGCUUCAUGCAGCUGAAGUUUAUAUCGGAAUUGGAAAACCUGCUGAGGCCACAGCUUGUGUCCAGGAAGCAGCUAAUCUUUUCCCCAUGUCCCACAAUGUGCUGUAUAUGAGAGGUCAAGUGGCAGAGUUACGAGGAAAUAUGGAUGAAGCCAAACGUUGGUAUGAAGAAGCCUUAUCUAUUAGCCCUACUCACGUGAAGAGCAUGCAGAGACUGAGUCUGAUUCUUCACCACUUGGGAAGGUACAGCUUGGCGGAGAAGAUCUUACGAGAUGCUGUGCAGGUGAACUCAACAGCCCAUGAGGUGUGGAACAGUCUGGGGGAGGUGCUACAGGCUCAAGGCAAUGAUGAUUCUGCCACUGAAUGUUUCCUGACGGCUCUGGAACUGGAGGCUAGCAGCCCAGUGGUACCCUUCACCAUAAUUCCCAGAGUUUUGUGAGAGAGCUUGGCAAGGCAUAUAAACCCAGCUCUUAUGGUGCAUGCUAAGCAAUGGGACAGCACAGCCCUAACACUUUGCAGUUUAUCUACAAUCAGGUGAGAUUCAGUCUGCAUUUGAUUCCCACAUUCCUAAUGUUAGAUGUUCACUUGGUAAGAACAAAGUAGCUACGCAAUCUAGUGGUUCCACCUACCAUCUAGUCCCAUAGGGGCAUGCAGUGCAUUACAAAGUAAUCAGAUGCAAGAGAGGAAUGAAUACAGCUCUUUUGUGUUUUGCAUUUUGGGUGACGACAUCUGAACUCCUUUCACGCCAUUGUUACUGUAUGAUCCUGUACAAUGUGCGUGGCAAUGCUACAUUCAGCUAGCUCGUGCAUGCUUAAGUACAUGUGAUUUUAGAUGAAGAGCAAUAGCAAAGAAUGACUUGACUUUUUAACGGUUAACGGAAGGACUAAUUAGUUAGGAUAACUGCUUUUAGGGCAGAUACAUUAAUACUGUUGACUUAGAGUAGUAUGAAAUAGUGCUCCAGUUUGACUUGGGGUUGGAAGAGGCUUAAUAAAAGUGCAACGGUCAUGUUAAAAAGGAGUCUGUUCUUACAAGCAGUUUACCUGGCAGUGAGAAAAGGUCCCCAUACACGGGCCGAUAAAAGACAGAGUCGGCAGCUUAUUGGCCCGUGUGUGGGGCCAUGCGACGGGCUUCCCCGAUCGAUAUCUGGCUGAAAGUCGGGCAGAUCUCGAUCAGGCAGGUUAAAAAAAUCUGGUUGGAUCGUGGCCGCAUCUAUGCGGUCUCACGGUCCCUCUGCAUCGGAUCCGUAGGGCCCACAAUCGGAUCAGCUCGAUAUUUCCCACUUCAGUGUGGGCAUAUCAGGGCGAGAUCUGCUAGUUUGGCCACCUUUCGUAGAUCUCUACGUCUAUGGCCACCUUUAGUAUAAAGAGUAGAAGUGCUAUAAGGCAGCCAGGCCUUUCAGACCUCCCAAAACAGAUUCGCUGUUCAUUGUAAUACUAUCUUGUAGCCAUAUGCUUGCUAGUGCCAAAAGAUGGCAAUAACUGAAAUAAAUGCACAGUGUCGUUGUCCAUCAUUUGGUCUAACUGGACCUCAAUAACAGCCAGACAUUCAAGGUGGGAGAGAUGGUUCCAAUUGCUACCUUGAUGAUGCUGGCCAUCACCAUGUUACAGCUUUCCCUCUACACAUGACUUUCUUUUUAGCAAGGACAUAUAUUUAAAGAACAUGUUGAUUUAGAGUUACUUUGUCAUUGGCAGUCUGUAGAACUAGAAAAAACAUAUACGACAUCCCCAUUCCAGUAAUGAUAGCCCAGUUGCAAGGCCUAGAUAUGCUGUAUGGUACAUGUACCCACACUCAGUACUCCAUGCUGUUAUUUCUGGCCCACAAAUGUGAAUCUGCUGUAUUUUUCUAUCACUGCUGGUCAUGCUCCAGUCAGUAGCUGUCCAGUGGCAAAUUGUUGAAAGGAAGAGACAUUUAUAUUUUCAAAAUGAUAUGCCUGUUACAAGACCAUAAAGAAAUAUUUGUUGUAUUUGUUUUUUUUUUUUAUGUGAAUUCAGAGUUUAUUUAUCAAUAUGUACAAAUGGAUUUUUGUUCUGACAUUCCUUGUGAUUAAAUGAAUCUAUGCUGAUGUCAAUAAAAAGUUUUCUAAGUGA